AACUAACGUAGUAUCGUAUCACUCACAAACUCAGCAAAAUGGUCAACUUUGAGGAAGCCGCCGAACUCGCCAAGAACUUCUCCAAGAAGCCCACCGACUCCGAGUUCCUGGAGUUCUACGGUCUCUUCAAGCAGGCCACCGUUGGCGAUGUGAACAUCGACAAGCCCGGCAUUCUGGAUCUCAAGAAGAAGGCCAUGUACGAGGCCUGGAGCUCCAACAAGGGUCUCUCCAAGGAGGCCGCCAAGGAGGCCUACGUGAAGGUGUACGAGAAGUACGCCCCCAAGUACGCCUAAGGUCCGACCUCAGGACUAUUCUCCAUCUGACAAAUAAACUCGAAAUCUUAUUAUGAAUAUCCAAGCGGCUUA